AUUACUAAGCUCAUGUAUGAAGCGAAGAUUCCAAUGCAGCAUAAUUCUCAAACAAACCGUCUCAUUCUCUCUCCUUGGCUUUUCUUGCACCUCCCAACAAACCCCAUCCCUCGAAAUUCACUUUCUCCUACACUCUAUAACUCACAUGUCUGCGUGUUACAGUGUUCCAAAUGCAAAAACCAGAUACUUACUUCCCUCCCCCUUUACCAUGACAUAAAACCUCUCUCUAUCUCUCUCUCUCUCUCUUUCUGUAGUUCGAGUCAGAGUUAGGCACCAUGACAUCAGGCCAAACAGGUAGAAAUAGGAGCCUCGAGAGCCUGAUGGUUAUGGACAAGCCCGCUAUGGUUCCCACUGCCCACGCUCUACACAAAGGAAUUAGUGGCCAGGGGCUUGAAUUUGAGAACCUCUCUUAUAGUGUCCUGAAGAAACAGAAAAAGGAUGGAGUAUGGAUCACAAAAGAAGCUUAUCUUCUUAAUGAUAUUUCAGGCCGAGCUCUCAGAGGACAGGUCACAGCUAUCAUGGGACCUAGUGGAGCAGGGAAAUCAACUUUUCUCGAUGCUCUCGCUGGUCGAAUUGCCCAAGGAAGCCUCGAGGGAUCAGUUAGCAUCAAUGGUCGACCGGUAACAACAAGCUACAUGAAAAAGGUUUCUUCCUACGUGAUGCAAGAGGAUCAGCUCUUCCCCAUGUUGACAGUCUUUGAGACUUUUAUGUUUGCUGCAGAGGUGAGGCUACCUCCUUCAGUUUCGAGAUCCGAGAAGAGGCGCCGAGUGCAUGAGCUUCUUGACCAACUUGGCUUACAGAGUGCUGCUCAUACAUACAUUGGCGACGAAGGAAGAAGGGGGGUUUCGGGAGGAGAGAGACGCAGAGUUUCUAUAGGGAUAGACAUCAUACACAAGCCAUCUUUGCUAUUCCUUGAUGAACCAACCUCAGGCCUUGACUCCAGCAGUGCCUUCAGUGUGGUGGACAAGGUAAAGGACAUUGCAAAAGGUGGAAGCAUUGUUCUCAUGACAAUACACCAGCCUUCUUUCAGGAUCCAGAUGCUCCUCGACCAAAUUGUUGUUCUUGCAAGGGGGAGAUUGAUAUACCUGGGAAGCCCAACUUCUUUACCAGGUCAUCUAGCUGGAUUUGGAAGACAGGUUCCAGACGGAGAGAACAGCAUAGAGUAUCUCCUCGAUGUCAUCAAGGAAUACGACGGGUCAACAAUUGGUUUAGAGCCCCUGGUUGCAUUCCAAAGGGCAGGCAUAAAACCUGAACUUGCAGCAAGAACUCCGGUCCCAAAGACCCCACAUCAAAGACCCAAAGUCACCAAAGUUAUCAACCUUCAGAGCGUCCAAUUCUCAUUCAGUGGAAUAGCCCAUGGCCAUGAUCCCUCCUAUGUCGAAGACGAUGACCAAGAGGAAUUCGACAACUCUCUAGAGAGGAAAUCACAUGUUUCAAUGGCUAGCUCAGCCUAUCCAAGGCUUGCAUCUCACUUCUAUAAGGAUUUUCCAGCAUGGAUCUACCAUGGAGUCAAAGGCACCCCUCAGAGGCGACCUUCUUGGACUCCUGCAAGAACACCUGGUCCAACCCCUGGUAAAACCCCCAUUGUAACCCACAAUCGUGGGACUAGGAAACCGAACCCAAACCCUAAAACACCUGUCUACCAUCGAGGGCAAGAUCACCACCACCUUGAAAUCGAAGCGCCACGUGAACCGGACUACAGUCACUACCAAGCUCCAAUGGACGCUCCAGACCAUGGUCCGAAAUUCGCCAACCCAUUUCUCCGUGAAGUGGUGGUCCUCUCAUGGAGGACCAUGCUCAAUGUUAUUAGGACCCCUGAGCUCUUCCUCUCUAGAGAGAUUGUCCUCACGGUCAUGGCGCUCAUACUCUCCACACUCUUUGGAUCCCUCCAUGACUUGCAUGUCAAGACCAUCAAUAAGAUUAUGAACUUCUACAUAUUUUCUGUUUGUCUCAUCUUCUUCUCCUCGAAUGAUGCUGUCCCCACCUUCAUUCAAGAGAGGUUCAUAUUCAUCAGGGAAACCUCCCAUAAUGCAUACAGGGCCUCCUCUUAUGUGAUAUCUUCCCUCUUGGUAUACCUCCCUUUCUUCGCUGUCCAAGCCAUAACUUUUGCUCUGAUAACUCAUUUCAUGCUCCGCCUCAAUAGUAACAUGUUCUACUUUUGGCUCAUCCUCUAUGCUUCUCUCAUCACCACCAAUUCCUAUGUGAUGCUCGUUAGUGCUCUCGUCCCGAGUUAUAUCACGGGCUAUGCAGUUGUGAUUGCCACCACAGCGCUCUUCUUCCUCACCUGUGGCUUCUUCCUCAAGCGCACCAAGAUCCCAAUUUAUUGGAAAUGGCUUCAUUACAUCUCCGCCAUCAAAUACCCAUUUGAAGCUUUGCUCACAAAUGAGUUCAAGGGUGCCAGACAUUGCUAUAAAGGAAAUCUUGCCGAUCUCUCUCCGGGACCUUUGGGGCAGGUGAAGUUUAGCUCUCUGCAUAACACAAGUGACAAUUGCCCAUUGAUUGGACAGGAUGUGUUAGAGACUAUGGAUAUACAGAUCGGGAGUAUAUGGCUCGAUGUGGCAAUCCUUCUUGCUUGGGGGGUUCUCUAUCGCCUGUUCUUUUACGUGGUAGUCAGAUUUUACUCCAAGAAUCAGCGGAAAUGA